AUGUCCUGCGAAUUCAUCCCGCCUGCGGCGUACGACGAGCUCGCUUACCCCAUGGAAUCAAAGUACCUCCUCCAGGCCUACCCCCGCAACGUCCCCCCGCCCGACAACGCCCUCGGCAUCGAGCACGCCUACCUUCUCCCCCAAGAGCUCGCCUACCCCGCCCUCGCCGCCCAGCAGCAAUACGUCGCCGACCAGUUCUACUACCCGCCAGACUACCUCUCCCCGCUCAACAUGGCGCCGCCCCCGCAGGUCGCGUACGAAGCCCCGCUCAGCCCGCGCAGCGCCCCAUCCUACCCGCUCCAGCUCCCGCCGUCCCUCCCAGACGGGAACGCCCACGCCCAGUGGGCGUCCUUCGACGCCGACUUCACCUUCCCCGGGACAUCCUCGGGUAUGCGCCGGGGGUCUCUGCCCACCGACCAGCUCCUGUUCGCCCCGCAGACGCAGGCGUACGACCCGUAUGCGGCGCGGCAGUCGUUGCCGCCCAUGGCGUCCUCGAGCUCGGCGGCGGCGCAGGGCGGGAUGUCCCGCGAGCACUGGACGAUGGCUGGCUCCCUCGACCCCUCGAACAACAUGGUCUACCGGUCGGCAGAACAUCCCCGCCUGCGCACCGCCCAGGCGUGCGAGAAGUGCCGCACGAGAAAGGCCAAGUGCAGCGGCGAGCACCCCGCCUGCGGGCGCUGCGUCAGCCGCGGGCUCAUCUGCGAGUACGCGCCCGAGCGGCGCAUGCGCGGGCCCAACAAGCCGAAGAACAAGCCGCCCGCGAGCACCUCGAGCGGGAGCCCGCCCUCGUCCGCGUCCUCGCGGCGCUCCUCCGUCGUCUCCCUCCCCGACGGCCCCGACGCCUCGGCCCAGAAGAAGAAGCCGCGCCCGCCGCCGCUGAACCUCGGCGCGGCGUCGAAUAUCCAGCAGCGCGAGGGGUGGGCGCCCGUCAGGGAGGAGCAGGAGCAGCUGACGAUACGGCCCCGCGCGGACGUGCCGAGCGAUGUGGGCAGCGCGGCGAGCCGCGCGAGCUUUGCGUCGGAUGUGUCGAUGGGGGAGAUCGAGUAUCGGGGGGUGCUGACGCAGGCGUACCCGCUGUCGUCUGUGCGGGGCGGGGUGGCGGGGCUCGACGUUCCGAGUUCUGCAUCCCCGAUGUCCUCGCGGUUCCUUGCGCCGAAUGCAUCGAUUUCGCAAGGGCACGGCCGCUCGCUGUCGAGCGGCGCGACGGACGUGACGCCGAUAUUCCUGCAGCCGCGCGCGGUGCACGCGCAGCGCUUCUCCGUGCCCGCGCUAUUCCACAGCCAGCAGAGCCAGGGAAUGGGGCUGCCCUCGCCGCCAUUGGAGUACCCGCCCGACGGCGUGCAGUGGACGUCAGAUGCGCCCUUUGGGCGCGCGCAGUAG